AACACAGAUGUUGCAAUAACCGGAAGUUGAGAAAACCAGUUUCGCCAGAGUGAGAAGGCAUAUAAACACUCCAUAUUAGUUUUAACGUGAAUGUAUACCGCAAGUAAAGACUAUUGGUGACUGUCACAGUCUUUCGUGAAAUGUUUUAAAUAAAAAAAGCGCCGUACGCUUUAGCUUCAAAUUCUCCCGGAAGUUUCAGUUUCGUUAGCUUGACGCUAAUGCUUUCCGCCGCAGUUAUAAACAACCCAAACGACUGACAACGUAUCUGCGCGCUGACUACCGGAUAAUUUUGUGCACUUUUCUUUGGUUUUUCUCUGUCAACACGUAAGCGUUGUUUCACAGGAUGACGCAGCCUUGUCGAGGAUCCGUCGGCGUCCCAAGUUUACAUCAGCUACUGUUGACAUAAGCAGCCUACAGUAGACAAAUCCGAGUCACAAGACCACAACCAGCUGCUGCUCUUCUCCACAGGACUUCGAAGGAUGGACAACUCCGGGUAUUGCUCAGGGAGUUUGGACAACCUUCACCAUUCAAGUGAUGAAGACGAUGAUGAACUGGUGGACAUCGCAGGCGCCACUCUCGACUUCUCCUCCGCUGACGAUGACCCUCCACUUAGCUCAGGAGUUUAUGACGAGUAUGGCAGCAGUUGCAGCGGAGCAGCCGGCAUGAAUGGAAAUGGCCCUAGUAGGCUUGUGGACCCUCUGGAGGACCCCGUGCCUGGAGUGGGCACCUAUGAAGACUUCAACACCAUUGACUGGGUGAGGGAGAAGAGCAAAGACAGAGACCGGCACAGAGAGAUCACGAAUAAAAGCAAACAGUCAACUUUGGCGCUGCUGCUGAGCAUCAGUGAUGCGUUCUCUGGAUGGCUGCUGAUGCUGCUGAUAGGACUCAUGUCAGGUGCAUUAGCCGGUGGUAUUGAUAUUGCAGCCCACUGGCUGACAGACAUGAAGGGUGGCGUUUGUCUCAUCGGUUUCUGGUUUAACAAUGAGCAUUGCUGUUGGACUUCUACGGAGACGACGUUUCAGGACAGGGACGAGUGUCCACAUUGGCAGAGCUGGGCUCAACUCAUCACGGGAACCUCACAGGGACCCUUAGCCUACAUCAUCAACUACUUGUUCUACAUCUGUUGGGCCCUUCUCUUCGCUUUUCUUGCUGUCUUACUUGUCAGGGCAUUCGCUCCUUACGCUUGUGGCUCCGGAAUACCAGAGAUUAAAACCAUCCUGAGUGGUUUCAUCAUUCGAGGCUACUUGGGAAAAUGGACUCUUAUCAUAAAGACCAUAACUCUGGUUUUAGCCGUCUCGUCCGGCCUCAGUUUAGGCAAAGAAGGGCCCUUGGUCCACGUAGCCUGCUGCUGCGCCAAUAUUUUGUGUCACCUUUUCACCAAAUACCGCAAAAAUGAAGCCAAGAGGCGAGAGGUUUUGUCUGCAGCAGCAGCUGUUGGGGUGUCAGUGGCUUUUGGAGCACCAAUUGGAGGAGUAUUGUUCAGUUUAGAGGAGGUCAGUUAUUAUUUCCCUCUGAAAACUCUGUGGCGCUCAUUCUUCGCUGCUCUGGUAGCGGCAUUCACCCUGCGCUCCAUCAAUCCGUUUGGAAACAGUCGCCUUGUGCUGUUCUACGUAGAGUUUCAUGCUCCUUGGCAUUUGGUAGAGUUAGCCCCGUUCAUACUCCUAGGAAUAUUUGGUGGCCUCUGGGGGGCGCUGUUCAUCAAGGCCAACAUCGCCUGGUGCAGGAGACGUAAAACCACACGUUUGGGUCACUAUCCUGUGGCUGAGGUGUUGGUGGUCACAGCACUGACCGCUGUCAUCGCCUAUCCAAACAGCUACACCAGGAUGAGUGGUGCUGAGCUGAUAUCAGAGCUGUUCAACGACUGCUCCGUGCUGGACUCGUCUCAGCUCUGUGGUUAUCAGCAGCCAGCCAAUAUAUCAGAAACAGGUGUGGGCAACAGCUUGGCAGACCGGCCGGCAGGGAAAGGCCUCUACACCGCGCUGUGGCAGCUGGCCCUGGCUUUAAUCUUCAAGAUGAUGAUCACAGUGAUUACCUUCGGUAUGAAGGUUCCCUCGGGUCUUUUCAUCCCCAGCAUGGCUGUAGGAGCGAUUGCCGGCAGAUUGCUGGGUGUGGCCGUGGAGCAGCUGGCCUACUACAACCACGACUCCUUCUUAUUCAAAGGCUGGUGCUCACCAGGAGCAGACUGCAUCACCCCGGGCCUCUAUGCCAUGGUCGGGGCGGCUGCUUGUUUAGGUGGAGUAACUCGUAUGACUAUAUCACUUGUCGUCAUCAUGUUUGAGCUGACUGGUGGUCUGGAGUACAUCGUUCCCCUCAUGGCUGCAACCAUGACCAGCAAGUGGGUGGCGGAUGCUUUUGGAAGAGAAGGAAUCUAUGAGGCUCACAUCAGGCUCAACGGUUACCCGUUUCUGGAACCUAAAGAAGAGUUUGAUCACAGCAGCCUUGCUGUGGAUGUGAUGAGACCCAGAAGGUCUGACCCUGCACUGGCCGUUCUGACACAGGAGGGCAUGACAGUGGAGGAAGUGGAGUCUUUGGUGGAGAACACUCACUUCAGCGGCUUCCCCGUGGUGGUCUCUCAGGAGUCUCAGCGGCUUGUGGGGUUCGUCCUCAGAAGAGAUUUAAUCAUAUCAAUCGACAACGCCCGGAAGCGUCAGGAGGGUGUGGUCAGCACGUCUGCGGUGGUGUUCACCGAACACGCUCCGCCACAAGCUGCCGAGGCCCCUCCCCCUCUUCGUCUCAGGGGCAUCAUGGACCUGAGUCCUUUUACGGUCACUGAUCACACACCCAUGGACAUCACCGUGGAUAUUUUCAGGAAGCUGGGUCUUCGUCAGUGUCUGGUCACACACAAUGGGCGACUGCUGGGAAUAAUCACCAAGAAGGACAUUCUGAAACACAUGGCCCAAAUUGCACACAGAGACCCGGACUCCAUCCUCUUCAACUGACGGCCGUCUCUCCGUCCUCUCAGCCGCCGGGAUGAUGCGCACCUUUACCUCUGCGAAAGACCAGCUUGAGCUUCAUUUGCACGUGACCAUAGAACAAUGGUAUUUUUGUACGACGGGAGAGCUCAGUGUGAGAGCACCACUCUGACGCACAGCGCUCAGCUGCUCUGAGUCACUGUGCGCUGUCUACAGUUUUGCCCAAAGGGAUGAUUGAGGAAGAAUUGGUCCGUUUGACCAGGUCAGCGGAGAAAGCCAUAAGUUAGACCAGAAGUUUCUCUUCCCAGGUUCAUGCCUUGCCACGCUGGAGGGCUGGUGUGGGACAGAUAAUCUCCAAUUUCACAGCUGACGCAAAGAGAGGGGAUGAGGAUGAGGAGCGGAAUGAAGACACGGAGAUGGAGAGAGGUAUGGGGAGCUCUCUGCCUGCCCCCCGGCUGCCAGAGCGAGUCCAGACCUGGAUCCCCAAACUGAGUUGAUGGAUGCUUCAGGAUCCCCUCCUCCUCCUCCUGCCUCCCUCAGUGAGAUUUUCUUUAGCUUUGGGGCAAAAAUACAGAGUGUGAGAAACUGUCUCUCAUGUACACCCAGCCAUGCUUCAUCUCUCUGAAAGCUGUUCUGUUCUUGUUGAAACCACCUCUGGGAGGUCCCGUUAUCCAUGUGACACCCAGUCCAUGUCUUAUGAAGGUAAAAUAAUUUGUCUAUACAUGUGACAAGAUUGUUCAACUAAAUUAUUGCAUUGACAUAAAUGAAUGAUUCAUGUAGUUUUUCUUCUCUUGGUGAUACAGAGCUCUGGCUCAAUAACUCAAACAGUCUGUUCAUACAGCGUCACUUGGGCUUGAAACCAGGCGGGGCUCGAGUCAACUCACGCUUUACAACUUGAUUAUUUUGCUCUUCAGGCCACAAUUAAGCUGAAAUUACAGUUGUCACGGAGCCCUUCCUUUUUUCCCAGUGUAAAUUGUCUUUCUUCUGUUGUGUGAAAAAGGCUUGUAAAUCUGUUCAUUUACAACCACCUGGAUAUGAGCAAGCCAAAUGUAGACAGACAAGCACUCACACCUACAAUUUAAAGGCCACCAAUUAUCCUCUGUAUAUUUUUGAAGUGUGGGAGGAAACCAGAGUGCCAGAGGAUACGCUCACAAGCACGGGGGAAGCAGCAUACAACCCACUGACGGGAGGCCAAUUCGCUCCGACGCUCCUUUUUCAAAGGUUAUCAGAGGAGGAGCAGGUUGAUAAAAAUGCGGUGUGACGUCACCAGAGCCACUGAGGCACCCCACGUUGGAUGAGCGCAUCAUUUAAAUUUUACCCGGUACAUAUUCGUAACCUCCACUGCUCCUGGUUCUGUGAAUCAUGGGUCUUCUUUCAGGAACAAAAUAUAAGACUUGAAAGGGACCCUCUUCUGCUCAUUUCAUGGGCUUUGACAGCACUGCAGUGAGUUCCUGUCAGUCAGCUACGCCAUAUAAGUUUCCGAUUAUGAUGAGGAGGAAACAGCAGACCUCACCUCUCGGCUGAAAUUGAGAGCGCGAGGUUUGGUGCUAGCUACCGAUUGGUCACGGCCAUGUGUCAGUCGUGCAGGUCUGCACGUGAAGUACAUUUAAGGACUUGAUGUUGAACUGUCUUGACGUUCUCCUGCAGAGCCUAAGCUCAUACCAUUUUUAAACAGAGAGCGCCACCUGCUGAGCUCUGAAAAUGAGGACGUUGUUUCCAAGUCUCAUCGGCUCAUCACUAGUUACUGGAACGUGGAAGCCUGUCCAAAUAAUUGCUCACAUGCACGUCUGUAAGAGGUUACAUCACAAAUUCAUAGAGCUUGUGAAAGUCUGGUGAAGAGUCUAACAUGCACAACAUCUGGACGCGGCACUUAUGCAUCACGUAGAUCUAGCGAGGCUCAAACAUUUUCAACACAAUUCAGAAAAGUUGGAAAAGCAAGACAGGGUUCUUUUAAAAAGUAUCACCCCCUGAACUGCUGCAAACUGACCCCGGGUAUCUUGUUAUUCAAGCAGUCAAUGGACUCUUUCACUUGGUCACAUGUGAGCGGGGGCCUCAGUCAGCAAUAAAAAAAAAAGUUGUAAAACUCAAGAACGUAGCUUCUAUGUUCCAGGCAUGGCCAAUAUAUUCAAAUGUAUAAGGAUGAAAGAGGUGAGAAACCACAGGAUUAGAUGAGGGAUUCAGCAGGACUCACUAUUAUUGAAAGUGGAAAAAAACAAUGAGCCAACAAUGAAAUUCCAGACUGCUAACUGAUGGUGUCAUUGCGCAGAUGAAACACUCUCAUAAACAAUGAUUACAUUACAUCUUGAAUGUAAUCCUAAACUACAGUACCAUCCAGCUGGAAUGCAGCAUUAGCUUUUGUGGUUACAAUGUCACACCGGAAAGAAACUAGUCAAACUAGCUCCCAUCAUGAACUGUAACAAUGGAAACCUUUAUUGCUGUUAGUAUAAGAUCCAAAUGUUAACAUAAUCAGCUUCACAACAUGAAACAAGUGGUUGGGGAGGCAAUAAGAGUUCAGCAGCACGCAACACAUUGGGUAGUUCCAGGUCAGAGUUUGCUGUAUUCCCUUCAGUCAGCAUGCCACUCGGAUGGUGUGCUUCCAUUUUCUGAAAAUGAGUGAGAUGAGUGACUAUUGUCUUCAUCUCUUGAAGAGUUCCCUGCUAGACGGCAUAACGUGUGAACACAUUCUUAAGGCCGAAUUUAGCAGAGAAAGUUUCAGUGUUUUUGUGCUCGGGAGGAGCGAGCCACACACGGUCACAGUGGAGGUUCAAUUGAACUCUUGGUCCCUGUUUGACAACUAUCUUUUGACAAGUCCAACAAGACGACUCCCUCCCUAACAAAACACAAACACAGCAGGGUGAUAAAGCACAAGACCUCCCUGACAAAAUGUAAUACUUGAAAUGCUGUUGUUAAAAGUCAGUAUCUCAAUCGAUUGAAUCAGUGUGUUGCUAUCUCAGAAUCUCUGGAUCAAAGGUGCCAUGAAUCUAUUCUUGGCUCACCGUCUCAGCCUUCCAGUCCGGACUUGUUUCUAGCCACACAAUCCUUGUGUGAAGGAAUUUGGAGCUCAGAGGAAGCGUGUUUGUGUGUUGGGAUUUGUCUGCUGGAUAUUUUUUCCUUGUGCAUUUCAUUCGCCUUUGGAAAGUUGACCUGGUUAUGUCUGUGGAUUAGCAUUUCAAUGUCGUCGGCCUUGAUGUGCCAGUGGGUUUGCGCCUGAACUUUGUCCGUCCUGCAAUGACUCAGUGUAUUCUUGAGCUCAGUUCCUGUGGUUGAGGCUUCACAUGGGGCUCAGGUUACCAACCUGCUCGUGGCUCUGGCAUUCUCACACCUCACAUUCUCCCAUGCUCACUUGUGUCGACUCACAUUGACGCUCGUCCCUCCCCGUCUCUCUGUGUUAUCUCGUAUCUUGACUCUUUUCUUGUCCAGUUUCCUCCAGACAUGUUGCCUUACCUCAUCCGCAUCUCUCCUGCAUAUCAUUCCUCCAGUUCCCAGGACUGCCAUUGUCUUGCUGCGCAUUACAAAGCCCCCGAAAUAUUUCCAUGUGGUAAUAGGCCAAUUCAAGGUGUCACCCUACACCAGCAAGUGUCAGAUCUCUUUACCUGUGUGUGUGUGUGUGUGUUUGUGUGUGUGCGCACACAAGGGUUGGACCACGACUGAAAUAUUUGUAAUUUCAAGAAUGGCAAUGAGAUCUGUCUCCUCUGUCCUCUGGGCUUCACCUGAGGUUGUGGGACGCAGGUUCCCACCGCUUCAGUCUCUGCUGCUGCUCGCGUAACAGAAUAUUCACACUGACCUUUCAAAGUGAAAAAGCUGACACCAGACAACUGUUUGGAAAGGUUUGAUUUCAAGUGAGCCACUCUGAAAUUCCAGUUCAACAAAGUGCCUUUACAUACAAUCAAAGGAAACUGUGAGUCAGGGAGCAGCAACAAUAAAGUGCAGUGUGCAGAGAGUCUCUCUGCCAUCACAGAGACGCUCCAUAUGAGCUAUCUAUCGGUCCUCUUAUAUUCAGCAGAUGUGAAGGAAGUCAGAAGACAAUUGUUACAAAUGAAUGUGUGGGUGUUUGUGUUGAGGCCUUCAGUCCAUAAACAUUACUUCAGAAUAUGAUAACUCAAUCCUCUGGGUUAUUUCUUAUGCUUUAAUAGUACAUUUGUUCAGAGGUGGAGAGACUUUUUUUUGGAGACACCCUGUAUUAUAUGACAGUAACUCAACAAUGAUGACAUGAAAAAGGUGAUAAAACAUGAUAGAAAAAACACUCAGGUCACACUGGUCUAAGCCUCUUCGCCUCGACUUGCAUAACUUGGUAAGUAAAAUCUGUUCUUGAAGCCACUUGAGAUAAAACUGGGGGUCAUCUGGUGACUUAGAGCCUGCUGACUUCCUGACCAGUUCAAAGAGAAAGCCGGAGAUCCGUUGCUGUCUGUGGCCAGAAGGCUAGAUCCGAAACGAGUGGUUUCCAUGGAGCGCUUGGUGCUCGAAUCGUUCUUUAUCUGCGAGAGUUGAAUCUCUUCAUUCAGUGGAAGGGAUCGGAAAUUUCUGGCGCUCGGUUUGAUGUUUUGUGGUGUUCGGUCAACUAAAGAGGAGGAGCAGUGUUGAGAGGAUGUGUGUCACUGUUGAGCUGGAGGACAUGGUCCAGACAUGCUAAAGUAGUGGCUCGGCCUCAUGAGUCUCAGUGGUGCAUCUGUGUGAAAUUUAAAGGGGCUGUGCUCAUUUCACGGGGUUUUAUGAUGAUUUUGAAACCCCAGAGGAGCAGUAUGUUCAGUAUCUUUUAAUAAAGCUCUCCAUAAAUCCCAUAUAGUUAGAUGAUAAAAUCUGCCUCCUUCACUUCUCAGUUACGACACACAGAUUACAGCCUUCGUUCACUCACUAAGU